AUGUCUCAUCCAACGGAUUCCCCGUCUUGGAAACUUGUUGAUGAUAAAUGGCCCGAGUUCGGUAAAGAGCCGAGAAACUUAAGAUUGGCUCUCUCAUCUGAUGGAUUCAAUCCCCACAGUUCUUUAAGUAGCAAAUACAGUUGUUGGCCAGUUAUCUCAGUUACAUAUAAUCUCCCACCAUGGCUAUGUAUGAAACGGAAGUUCAUGAUGUUGACCUUAUUGAUUUCUGAUCCUAAACAGCCCAGAAAUGAUAUAGACGUCUACUUAGAGCCUUUGAUUGAUGAUUUAAAAUCUCUGUGGGAUGAGAUUAGAGGAGUGUAUGAUGCACACAUAGGAGAAUACUUCACACUCAAAGCUUGUCGAAUAUGCAGCGAUGAUACACCUAGUCACAGGUUGAAAAAUGGCCACAAAAUUUGUUACAUUGGGCAUAGAAAAUGGUUACCAACAUAUCAUCCAUAUCGGAGGCAGCGUGCAGCUUUGAAUAAGAAACCUGAAUAUGGCACACCUCCCGAGUCAUUAACCAGAGAAGAAGUGUUGCAGAUGGUUGAAGUUAUUAAUUACAUAUGGGGCUGGAAAAUGGGGGGAAGUGUUGGUGAGAAUGAUGGUGACAGAGUUUGUUGGAAGAAGAAAUCAAAAUUCUUUGAUCUCGAGUAUUAG